AUGGGGACGCAUAUCCUAAGAGGUCUGCUCCAAGAUCAGGCCACGCAGAAGGAAGCCCAGCUCAUCAGCGCGGGCGACUGCCAGCGCUUGGCGGGCGUGUCCAUCGGCGGGUGGGUCAUCGUGUCGCUGUUGUGCGGCGCAGCGCUCGGCGUGGCGGCCACCCUCUUGUUCCAGUGCCUCCGGCGGCGGAGGGACGCGCGCUACAUGAGGGAGGCCGAUGCAGCGGACGCCGCCGAGCGCUCGCUGCCCGGCCCCGGCAAGGCGCACCGCACCAGCAGCCCGCAGCUGCGGCAGAAGCUGCCCGUGUCGCGGUCCUCCAGGUCUGCCGCGCUGGGCCUGGGCCCGCUGACCGCCAGCGUGCACGCGGCGCCUAGCAAGAGCGGGCUGCCCGCGGCCACUGCGCGCGCGGCCCGAGAGAGCGCGGCGGGCGGCGUCGGCAGCAGGCAGCAGGAUGGGGUUGGCGCCGGCGACACGCGGGUGGCGGAUCAGCAGGCGUCCCAGCAAAUGGAGCUGCGCGGCAGCAGCCACGCCACGGGCGAGCGCCACUCAGAUGCCAUCCGGCAGUUUGUGUCCACCUCCUACGUGGGCCAGGUGGCGAUGGGGCCUGGGGCCGGCUCCCUGGUCUCAUCCCACAGCGGAAUGGCUGGCCCGCUGCCCGCCAUCGCCCCGUCCCCAGAGCUUCCACGCGCACCAGCCCAGCAACCCGUGGCGCCCUCGGAGCAGCCACAGCAGCCGCAGCAGCCGCAGCACGCCGCCGUCGCGGCUGGGCUGGCGGGGUCGGUGGCUGACACCCCGGCGCAGGUGGCGCUGGUGCAGCACGACGUGGAUGACUCAUACGAAUUGGAGGAGCUGGACGCCGACUGGAAGGCGCUGCUGAGCGACGUGGAUAGCCGGCUGGGCACAGCGGGCGCACCCCCAAUGGACGCGCGGGAGCGGGCUGUGGCGAUCAAGAAGCUGCUCGUGGCCACCGCCACGCGGGGGGUCGACUUUGCUAUGGGCGCCACUAUCGAGGAGGUGCUGCGAUUCAGGAACUUCCAUGCCGGCAAGCGCGAUUGA